GGUGGGCGGGGCAAAGGAGCCUUCUGAGAAGGCGACGAGUGGUCGGAGUCUUCUUUCCCCUCCUUCCCCUUUCCCUUCCCUACCCGGGAGAGGCUAGGAUCCGGCACCAGGGCACUACUGUGGCCGCUGCUGCCUCAGCUCCGACUGGGUCAGGUUGCGGAGACUCCAGGCCGCUUCCAGGGCGAGUACUCCUGAUUGUGACAUCACAUUCAUCCCCUGGGUGAUGGAGCUUGUCACUGGGAAGGAAGACUCAGUCGGAGAAUAGCCAACAAGAUGGGUUACUGGGAGAAUCUCUUCAGUGGCACUGAGUGGAGGCAUCAGGGGGUUGGAGCCUUGUGAACAGGGAACCUGCCCCCCAACACUUGAAAGGACCUGGGUUUCAGUGAUGAGACAUGGGGUAUGAUGUAACCCGUUUCCAGGGGGAUGUUGACGAAGAUCUUAUCUGCCCUAUUUGCAGUGGAGUCUUGGAGGAGCCAGUACAGGCACCUCAUUGUGAACAUGCUUUCUGCAAUGCCUGUAUCACCCAGUGGUUCUCUCAGCAACAGACAUGUCCAGUGGACCGUAGUGUUGUGACGGUCGCCCAUCUGCGCCCAGUACCUCGGAUCAUGCGGAACAUGUUGUCAAAGCUACAGAUUGCCUGUGACAACGCUGUGUUUGGCUGUAGUGCCGUUGUCCGGCUUGACAACCUCAUGUCUCACCUCAGCGACUGUGAGCACAACCCGAAACGGCCUGUGACCUGUGAACAGGGCUGUGGCCUGGAGAUGCCCAAAGAUGAGCUGCCCAACCAUAACUGCAUUAAGCACCUGCGCUCAGUGGUACAGCAGCAGCAGACACGCAUUGCAGAGCUGGAGAAGACGUCAGCUGAACACAAACACCAGCUGGCAGAGCAGAAGCGAGACAUCCAGCUGCUAAAGGCAUACAUGCGUGCAAUCCGCAGUGUCAACCCCAACCUUCAGAACCUGGAGGAGACAAUUGAAUACAACGAGAUCCUAGAGUGGGUGAACUCCCUUCAGCCAGCAAGAGUGACCCGCUGGGGAGGGAUGAUCUCGACUCCUGAUGCCGUGCUCCAGGCUGUAAUCAAGCGCUCCCUGGUGGAGAGUGGCUGUCCUGCUUCUAUUGUCAACGAGCUGAUUGAAAAUGCCCACGAGCGUAGCUGGCCCCAGGGUCUGGCCACACUAGAGACUAGACAGAUGAACCGACGCUACUAUGAGAACUACGUGGCCAAGCGCAUCCCUGGCAAGCAGGCUGUUGUCGUGAUGGCCUGUGAGAACCAGCAUAUGGGUGAUGACAUGGUGCAGGAGCCAGGCCUUGUCAUGAUAUUUGCUCAUGGCGUGGAAGAGAUAUAGGAGAACUCGAUUGGCUAUCAGGAAGAGAUGGAAAUCAGAAAAUCCCAUCACUCCAGCAGCUGGGACCUGAGUCCUCUCCACCAUCCUUAAUACUGUGGCUUAUACCUGAGCCACACAUCUCACUGCCCUUCUGGCACUGAAGGGCCCUGGGGUAGUUUGCUCAGCCUUUCAGGUGGGAAACCCAGAUUUCCUCCCUUUGCCAUAUUCCCCUAAAAUGUCUAUAAAUUAUCAGUCUGGGUGGGAAAGCCCCCACCUCCAUCCAUUUUCCUGCUUAGGGUUCCUGGUUCCAGUUAUUUUCAGAAAGCACAAAAAGAUUCAAUUUCCCUGGAGUGUCAGGACAGAGUAAGGAAUCUCUAGUUGUUCCUCUCCUCCAAAACCAGGGAAUCAGAGCAGGCAGGCCUGUUGACUCUAAGCAGCAGACAUCCUGAAUAAAUGGUAAGGGUGGAGCCAAAUCUCUAGAAAUAAGUAGUGAGGCCAGUAAUUGGCCAUCACUGAUGGCCCUUAGGGAAAGAUUGGACCUCUGUGCCAAGCAGUAUCCCUGUUCAGUCCACCUUAAAGGUGCAGGCACCCACUGGGUCUACCAGUAUGCAGGUUGGGAUACUGGAAAUUUCCAGAUGAGCUCUUCUUUCCUACAAGUUUUCAUAAUUAGGAUGCCAGGGUUUAGGGUAGGGGUUAGUCUGUUGGGGUUGAUGUGUUCAGCAAGAAGCUACUCCUAGCUUUUGCUAAAAUAUGGUCAGCACUGCCUUUUGUGGCACAGGCCAUAAUUGUUCCAUAGAGCCCCCUCUAGCCCUGUGACUGUAGUUAGUUACUUUGAUAAUUUUCUUUGGCCAUUGUUUAUAUUUCACAAACUCCACCUACUUCCCCUCCCCUUCCCCCUUUUUUUUUUAAGAAUGGCCUGAUCAUGGCUAUCUCAGCCACAUUGUUGGCAAUUUAAUUUAUUUACUUUUUUUUUUUUAAGAAAGGAAAAAAGAAAAAAAAUCAAACUUGAAGCUUUUGAUGUUCCUAUAGUGGGGAUUUUGGAUAGGGUGGGACAGGGAUGGGGGUGUGUUUUAUAUUUUUUCCUUUUCAGCACAACCUUUGGCUUUAAUAUAGGAAGAGCCAAGGGAGUCCUCGGCUGAACUUACAAUAUCUGCCCCAAACCUCUGUAACCCCAACUGAAAUGAGGAGCUUCCUCUAUUCCUGUGAAGGAUAUGACAGUCCAGCGUCGAUGCCUGUGCCCUCUGGAAAAAUUUCCUCUUAGCCCUUCCAGGGCCUCAUCAUAAAACUCUGGAUUUAGAGUAUUCAUUUUGAAGGCAACCCCCCGCUUCCCCAAGUUUUCUUGGAGCUGUAUAGCUGGGUUCUAAGCUUCACCAUGCAAAUCAGAAAUUUUAUCUCUGUCUCUAAGUACAGGCUGUGCUGUGUCUCACCCACACCCCCCGGGGACUUCAGUUCCAUUUCAGGUUACCUGGGGCAUACCUUGAUCCCUAGAGUGACUGGCAGAGUAAGUAAGAGAAGGGGAGGGAUAGUAGGUGUGAUAAUUUUCAUAUGGAGGUGGGAGUGUGGUUGGAGAUAGAAAGUCUCCUCCCCACCAUGUGAUAGCUUCCUCUCAGAGUUUUAUUCCAGGCUAGCUUACUGCAGGUCUGGGUAGUUGGAUCAUGGCUCCACUGGGAUUGGGGUGGAGGGAUACAGCUUGAGGGGAGUAGGGUUCCAGCUCCGGGACAUUGUGCUCAGGAAUUUGAAAACGCUGCUAUACUUAUUCUGGUUACUACAUUUCUUCCACUCCCCUUUCCCCUCCCUGCCUUACCAAGGCUCAUACUGUCCUGUCCUUACCCUCAGAUGGAGCCAGGAAGCUCAGUGAAAGGCUUCCCUACCCUUUGCACUAGUGUCUCUGCAGGUUGCUGGUUGUGUUGUAUGUGCUGUUCCAUGGUGUUGACUGCACUAAUAAUAAACCUUUUACUCAACUCUCUAAAUUCUUCAACAUUACUCCCUUUCCUGGGAAGAUUUCCCCUCUGCUUUUGCCUUUCUGUCACCUUAAUUCCCCUUCUUCUUUCCUUUGUUACCUACCCUUAUCUUAGCACUAACUUCUCUUUCAGGAGGAUGUCUGACAGUAGUGUGCACUUUGCAGCUGCUUUCCCGUGUACCCUCCUGCAUUCUUCCCUUCUAUGUUCUGUUCUGUAGCAGCCAAAGCUCGCUCUCUAGUGAUCUGAACUGUGUGCUUCCCAGGGUCUGCCUUGAUCCUAAAUUCCAUGUCUUCCCUGAGUGGUCCUGAGUUUUUGGGAUAAUUUCUACAGAAAAUAGGUAUAUAUUGUUUUCCUUUGUCCCACAAGCAACUUUGCUUUAGAAUCUAGAAUUCCUUUGCAGGCAGAGAAGCCUCCACCCUCCAGUGUUUCCUAACUAAGAACGUAAAUGUAAGGAGGGAGAUGUACUUGCAGAGGCUUCAUAAUUAUUUACUUACAAAGAUAGUCUUCAUAGACUGGGCACGGUGGCUCACACCUGUAAUCCCAACACUUUGGGAGGCCGAGGCGGGUGGAUCAUGAGGUCAGGAGAUUGAGACCAUCCUGGCUAACACGGUGAAACCUCGUCUCUACUAAAAAUAUUAAAAAUUAGCCAGGCAUGGUGGCAGGCGCCUGUAGUCCCAGCUACUCAGGAGGCUGAAGCAGAAUGGUGUGAACCUGGGAGGUGGAGCUUGCAGUGAGCCAAGAUUGCGCCACUGCACUCCAGCCUGGGUGACAGAGCAAGACUUCGUCUCAAAAAAAAAACAAAAAACAGUCUUCAUAAGUAUUUGCCGCUACCUUUUCCCGUCAUAAGAAAAAGGUUAGCCAGGCAUGGUGGACGCCCCUGUGAUCCCAGCUCCUUGGAAGGCUGAGGCACAAGAAUAGCUUGAACCUGGAAGGUGGAGGUUGCAUUGAGCCAAGAUUGUGCCACUGCACUCCAGCCUGGGUGACAGAGCAAGAGCCUGUCUCAGAAAAAAAAGAAAAAGAAUAUCUUUUCACCCUCCCAGAAAUAUGUUUUAAAUUUGUUGAGCAUUUAUCAUGCACCUAAUGUAAACCUAAUAGCACUCUAGAUACUGUAGCGGCUUGAAAAAAAAAAAAAAAAGCAUUUCUGUGCUCACUGAGUCUGCAUUCUAUGCACACAAGGUAUGAUUAUAAAAUACUGAUAAGCAUGUCACAGUAUAGAGCAUAAGAGGCGAUGUAUGUAUCCUAGUGACAUUAGCAAUGCUUUUCCCCCCUUAAACUCCUUUAAAAUUACUUUUAGAACUUGCUGCUCAUGCUUGUGAAUGUCAUGAAUGGUGUCAUAUUGUCCUUUUAGGGUAGAUUCGAUUUUUAGAAACAAAUAUUCAUUGAAUGUCUGCCCUAUGAGAUACUCACUAGAGUGAACAUGAGGAGGCUUAUGUAGCAAAAUGGCACCUACCUGCAAAUAACUUAGUCCCUAAUGGAGAUGAAUAUAUAAUAAGGGAUCAUAAAUGUGCUAAGUGGAUUUACUAGUAAUAUGUGAGCCAAGGACGAUAAAGCUCCUGAUUCUGAUGGGUAUCGGGAAAGGCUUUUCAGGAAGUGUUAUUUGUUCUAGGUCAGAGGUCAGCAAACUACAGGUUACAACCCCACUGCCUGCUUUUGUAAAAAACUUUAUUGGAAUACAGUUAUGCCCAUUUGUUUA